AUGAAAAAAGCCGAAGCCUAUCAAUCGAUUAAAUUCUACUGUUUGUCCUCUGGGAUCUCCAACACUCGUGGUGAAACGGAUCCAACAGCCUUUUCAUGUCGACGACAUCAAGACCCAGCUAACCUUGCAUUGCGCUGUGAUCUUCCUAGUGGCUGCGGGCGAAAGUUCUACGCUCUUCCGUCCGCGGCUGGACGUCUGGUUACUCCGGUCCGCCAACGUAUAAAUCACAAGGGCCGAGCUGCUCGGCCUAGAGUCAAAAACGGGCGGAUACCAUAUCACGAGAGGGAGAAAAACGAGAACGAAAAGGGUAAAAAGCAGGGCGGCAAGAGCGACAGUAUCGAUAAUGGUAUUGGAGAUGCCUGGAACAGCGACCUCAGUGCUUGGGAUGGUGAUCGUGAGCUGCAAUAUGCCGUCUAUAGGGUUCGUCUUGGAGUUUGUGCGGUCAACGGCUCUGGCACCAGCCACGGCACCAUGCACUAA